AUGUCAACCUCAGCAACGCCCAAUCCACCAUCGAGGAAUCCAUCAGCCAAGAAGAGAAAGUAUGACCAGCUUGACCUGCUACCGCCACCAUUACCGCCCAAUGGCUCCGUUCUUUACAUCGCGCUGUACGCACUGCCACCUGCCAAGCGUCGUUGUGGAGUGCUGAAUUAUCGCUGGACUUGUCUCCUGGCACCUGACGACAAGCCAGAAACUCACGGAAGACAGUAUCUCAUCCGCGAGAUGAGCCCGAAGAUCGAUCCUCGUGAUGGGCCUGGAAGUAGCAAAGGGCUCGGAAUACCAGGCCGAGGGUUCGAAGAGCCAGGCCUGGAGCAGCAACGCAGGCGCGUCGAAAGGUUCCUCGCGUCCACCCCGUCCGAAGAUCCAGACCAUGCCCAGGAGACGGCUGCAUGGGAAUUCGAGAUCCAGGACGUCUGCGUGCAAUCAUCCGGAGAGGCACGCGUCAGGAUACAGCUGCCGCGGGUCCCGGACGUAGAGUCGUUCGAAGCUCUCAUCAAAGACGCAUUUCUUGGAUCUGAUGGAACCAGAGGGGUUGACUGGAACCCUGUCAUGUGGAUGGGAGUUGCGGGGACUGCACUGGCAGAAGCUGGAGAUGUGCUUGGCGUAGGAGGGCUGAGGCCGGAGCCGGUAGGUUGGGAGGCGGUGCAAAAGACGGUGAUGGAGUUCGUCACGGCGCAGGAGAGGCAGGGGAGGUUGGAUGAGAGGAAUCUGACACUUCGGGUGCCGACUUGGGGACUCGUGGAGAGGCAGCUGUUGGUCUCAUGA